UUAAAAACAAAAGAAGGCUGCGUUUCCUGUCAAACAAUUUUAUAGUUGCCAACACGUCUCUACGUUUGACAAACAUAAACAUUCUUAUUGCAUAAAUAUGGGCGGACAUCAUCACGGUGAACCCUACACGGUGCCGCAUGCCUCCACCUACAAGGUGGAAAAUGUACCCCAGCUGGUGGAGGUAAAGGAAGCUCUUGGCCGCCAGGGACUGAAGGAUCCAUGGCUCAGGAACGAGGCCUGGCGCUACGAACCCAAGGCCUUUGGCACGCACAGAUCUCGCUUAAACACCUUCAUGUUCCGCGGCCUCGGAGUCGGAUUCUGUGCAUUCCUGGCCACCGUCGCCGUAGAGUAUGCCCUAGGAAUCGGCAAGGGCCAGGGCGGCCAUGGACAUGGUCACGGCCACGAUGAGGGACACCAUUAAAUAGCUAAAUUGAUUAAACUUGGUCGAAUCUGAUUAUUCGCAGUACA